AUAGAAAAGGAUGGCGUCACUCAUAGUUGAAUAAUGGGCAAAAAUGAACAUAUCAAAGCUUUCUCCAUCUAGGUGAAACCUCAGGUCACAGCGUCGUGCAUUUUUCCUCGACGCAAGGGGCUUCGGAUGUUUCUCCUGCGCAUACGGUAUCAAGGCGCGCGCAUAAUUUUAUUACUAUUUACGAUGGUGCAUCUGAACAAAAAAGGAAGAAAAAGGUGGGUUUCCUCUGAUUUUGGCUUCGAAGCCAAUUCUGUAUUGCAGGAGUGAUUGUACGUGUUCUCUGUGCUAUCUGAAUUCA